AAGAUAAAUAAUUAAACGUUACAAAAAAACUCUAAACGAUAAGUAUUUUGUGACGGAGGUAGUACUGCGCUGAUAAGAAGCGAAAACAUCUCUGAAAAAAAACACCUUAAUCUCAGGCAGCUAGCCAGGGAAAAAAACUCACACAGAAUAUACGUGAAAAUAACUAAUACGCAACAAAAUAGUAUUUAGAAAAUGGGAGCGAAUGAAAAAAAAAAAGGGAUUACUGGGUGCUGUACACCAGGUCCACACAGUUAGUGGGAGGCAACCAAGUCAGCUCCAAGAACCAGUCCACCUUUCCCAUUCCUCUCCGCGCAGCGCACCACCUCCUCUUCCUCUCCACCCCCACUGACACAUGGGCCCUAUACACCCAUGGCCCCACCUUGCAGUCAAAGGUAGCUCUUGCGCGCGAGACGUGGUCGGAGCCGGCGCGCGUGCGUAUAUGAGGGCGCGCGCCACCACCGCCCGCUCCACCCACCACCAUUGCUUCCCUCGACGACCACCACCAAGGCCCAGGCCCAAAGCCCAAGCCCAAGCCCACGCACACGCACAGCCCCGAAGCUGAAGCCCCCCGACGACGAUGGCCGCCGCCGACCCGCCGCCGCCGCCCACCGGGAUGGGCUUCCUCGGCCUCCUCAGCUUCCGCCGCAGCGCCACCGCCGUCGCCUCCUUUGACCCCGCGCAGGACGACGAGCUGCAGGUCCUCCACGCCCUCCAGGCCCACGUCGCCGACCGCCUCGCCGCCCUCUCCCAUCACCCGCCGCUCCUCUCCCUCGCCUUCCUCUCCAAGCUGCUCGACGCGGUGCUCUCCUCCGACGACGCCUUCCGCGAGGUUCUCGGCAUCGGCCCCGUCGCCGCCGCGCUCUCCAGGCCGCCCGCCGACCGCCUCGCCGCUGACCUCCUCGACCGCACCGUCAAGACGCUCGACAUACUCAACGCCGUCUCCCUCACGCUCGCCUCGCUCCGGGGCUCGCACCGCGCCGCGCUCACCGCCGCCUCGUGCCUCCUCGCCCCGCCGCUGCACCGCGCCCACUUCGGCCGCGCGCGCCGGGCCAUCUCCAGGCUGUUCCCCGACGCCGCCAAGCUCGCCGCCGCGCCGUCCCCCUCGUGCAGGGCCGGCCCCGCGCGCGCGCUGUCCUUCAGCGUCUCCAGGAACUGGUCCUCCGGCCGCCACGUCCACGCCAUGGCGGCGCACCUCGCGCCGCCGCCGCAGUCGCCCACGUCCGCCUCCCCCGGCGCGGGUUGCGGGCUGGGGCUGGCGCUCUACACCAUGAGCUCGGUGCUCGUCUUCUCCAUGUGGGCGCUGGUCGCGGCGGUGCCGUGCCAGGACCGGUCGUCCGCGGCCACCAACCCCCCGGUGGCGCCGCCGAAGCAGGUGCAGUGGGCGGCCCCGAUGUGUGCUCUCCAGGAGCGGAUCGCCGACGAGUGGAGGAAAAAGGACAAGAAGGGGUCGUCGUCGGGGUCGGCGGCGGCGACGGGGCUCCUCGCCGAGAUGCAGGCUGUGGAGCGCGCCGCGCGGGAGCUGAGCAGUCUCCUCGAGGAAGUCGCGGAGGAGGAGGAGGAAGAGCAGCUGGUGAUGGGCGCGACCGAUGAGCGCGCGCGUGACGUGGUCGAGCGCGCCGAGGCGCUCGCCGCCGCGUGCCGGGCUCUGGAGGAGGGCCUCGCGCCGCUGGAGCGGCAGGUGCGCGCCGUGUUCCACCGCGUGGUGGCCAGCCGCGGCGAGGUGGUGCGCAUCAUGGAGCACAGCACGCGCAGCAACAGCAGCGCCACCGCCAGCGCCGCGGCGGCGGCGGCGUCCGGCUCCGGCGCGCCGCCUCACCACCAUUCCUUCUGAGGUUUCCUUCCGUGGAGGGAAACCCACGAUGGACUGCAACUGCAAUCUAAACAGUUUGUUUCAGUCUCCCAGAUGAUCAGCUUGCAAUUGACCAAUCAUUCAACCAACCGUGUGUGCUGAUUCUGGUCAUCAGAAUAUAUACUCAUAUCAUAUUUGUGCUGCAUUUUGUUUCUAAUCCUGAAAGAUCAACAUUCUGUGA